AGAUGCAGUACGAGGUGCGCUAUGUGGCCAUCUCGACAUACUACCACGACUAUCUUGGUGUGAAGAUGACCAAGGAAGAAGCGCGGAGGAUGGGCAUUACCUUGGAGAGGGACGAGUUCUUGGCGGUGUGUCCAAAUUGGUGUUAUGGAAAAGACGAGUCCUGGGCGGCAUUGGUGGAUCUUCGGUGUGAUGAGGCUGGAGCGUGGGCGGCUAUGAGAAUCAAAAACAAGGCUAACCGAGGGAAGGAGGGAGUACAUGCUCAGGGAAACCGAAACCACUAUCUCCACAAGGUAGUUAAUGUAUGACUAACCCCAUUAAACAUUCUUCUUCUUCUAUUUACCAUCACUUUCUUAUGUAUGACUAACCUCUGUUUGGUGGUGCAGGAGGAGAAACUGAAGCGGCCGCUCUCAGA